AUUUUGAAACCACCGAUGUUCGCCCGUCUGAGAAAACUGGUUUGCGAGGGACAGAAGAGCGGUAGUUUGGGGUUUUGGUGUGUGCAAGACUGUGAUGGGGGCCGGUGUGGCCAGUAGGGAGAGACAGUGAGGUGUGUGCGCGCGUCUGUGUGUGAGAGAGCGCGAGAGAGCAAGAGAGGGAGAGAGAGAGAGAGAGAGAGAGAGAGAGAGAGAGACUGCCGUUGGUCCGUUUUUUUUAUGCACGCCGUGGAGAGACUCUUGCACCCUCGGCACCUCCUCCUUCUCAGCAUCUCGUCGCCACCACUCGCCUUAGUGCGCUGCGGACCGCCGCUGCUGCUCCUGCCUUUGUCUCGGGCAACGCCGUGAACGCGCCGCGCACGCGGAGCCCACCGGACGCAGCAGCUCUCGCGCUCUUCACUGUGAGGUGGACCGUACACAGCCAUGGAGCUCCGGGGGAGCGUCCUGCUCUUGCUUUUAGCAGCUUUACAGAUCUCCACGGAAGGUAAAGGGUCCCCAGCAUGCAGGUCUGGGUUUACGGAAGAUUUGUACCAUGCAACAGUGUCUGAGAAAGUGGUGGAAGGGCAGCCUCUUCUGAAUGUGAGAUUUGUGGACUGCAGCCAAAGAGGGCACCUACAGUACAAGACCAGCAACCCCACAGAUUUCCGGAUAGGUGAAGAUGGAGUGGUGUAUGCUGCAAGAAGCUUCCAUGCCUCUUCAAUUCCAGCAACAUAUCUGGUGGUGAAAGCACAGGACUCAACAACUCAGGAGGUGUGGCAAACGCGAGUACAGCUAACGCCCAGGAUAGAUGGAACGGUGCAGUUUGGGCAGGGUGAUGGAGUGCCCCAGUGGGUCCAGGAGAUCGUGUACCCGCCACAGAGUGCCAGUGGGGCUGGCUCCCUGAAGCGCAUGAAGAGAGAUUGGGUUAUCCCCCCCAUCAAUGUGCCCGAGAAUUCAAGGGGGCCUUUCCCACAGGAGCUUGUCAGAAUCCGGUCCGACCGCGAUAAGAACCGCCUGCUGCGGUACAGCGUCACAGGACCAGGCGCUGACCAGCCUCCGACCGGGAUCUUUAUCAUUAAUCCAAUUUCGGGACAGCUGUCUGUGACCAAGCCCCUGGAUCGGGAGCAGAUAUCUACAUUUCACCUGCGGGCCCAUGCAGUGGACCUAAACGGAAACCAAGUGGAAAACCCCAUCGACAUUGUGAUCAAUGUGAUUGACAUGAAUGACAACCGGCCAGAGUUUGUACACCAAAUCUGGAAUGGCACAGUCCCAGAGGGAUCCAGGCCAGGAACACUAGUAAUGACGGUCACAGCAGUUGACAAGGACGAUCCCAACACAGCCAACGGAAUUUUACGGUACAAGAUACUGUCUCAAAACCCAGAAAGCCCCAGUGCCAACAUGUUUACCAUCAACAAUAAGACAGGAGGCAUCAUAACUGUAGCAGCUGGGCUCGACAGAGAGAAAGUACCACAGUAUACUUUAAUAAUUCAGGCAACUGACAUGGAGGGAAACCCAACAUAUGGACUAUCUAACACAGCAACUGCUGUUAUCAAAGUCACAGAUGUCAAUGACAACCCUCCUGAGUUCACCACCGAUACUUUUUAUGGGGAAGUGCCAGAAAACCGAGUGAAUGUCAUCGUGGCCAACUUGACAGUGACUGAUAAAGACCAGCCCAACACACCUGCCUGGAAUGUAAUGUAUAAGAUCACCGGAGGGGAUCCUACUGGCAGGUUUUCUGUCCCCACAGACCCCACGACUAAUGAGGGCUUAGUUACCGUUGUCAAGCCUAUUGACUAUGAGACAACCAGGACAUUUGUGCUCACGGUGGUAGCGGAAAAUGAGGUGCCUCUGGCCAGGAACACCCAUCUUUCUCGUCAGUCAACUGCGACUGUCUCCAUUAAAGUUAUCGACGUGAACGAGAGCCCUUAUUUUGAACCCAACCCCAAACUCAUCCGACUGGAGGAAGGCUUACCAGCCGAAUCGAUGUUAACAACCUUUACAGCCCAAGACCCUGACCGCUUCAUGCAGCAGACAAUACGAUAUUCCAAACUGUCGGAUCCUGCAGGCUGGUUGAAAAUAGACCCCAGCAAUGGCCGGAUUUCUACAAUUGCGAUUCUCGACCGAGAGUCACCUUAUGUGAAAAAUAAUUUCUAUAAUGCAACAUUUCUUGCAUCUGACAAUGGAAUUCCUCCAGCCAGUGGCACAGGUACCCUGCAGAUCCUGCUCCUGGACAUCAAUGACAACGCCCCCCACGUGUUCCCCCAGGAGGCAGAGGUGUGUGAGAAACCAGAGCCCAAUGCCAUCAACAUCACAGCCGUGGAUGCUGACCUCAACCCCAACGCUGGGCCAUUUGCCUUUGAGCUCGCCAGCAGGCCUUCAGACGUCAGGAGAAACUGGACCCUCACACGACUUAGUGGUGACUACGCCCAGCUAAGUCUGAAGAUUGGAUUCCUGGAAAGUGGGAUUUAUGAGAUCCCCAUCAUCAUCACAGACUCAGGAAAUCUUCCCAUGUCCAACACUUCACAUCUGCGGGUCAAAGUGUGCCAGUGUGACCACAACGGUGAUUGCACAGAUGUAGAACGUAUUGUGGCUACCGGCCUGGGGACUGGGGCCAUCAUCGCCAUCCUUCUGUGCAUCAUCAUCCUGCUCAUAUUGGUGUUGUUCUUCGUGGUGUGGAUGAAGCGGAGAGACAAGGAACGCCAGGCCAAGCAGCUGCUCAUUGACCCCGAGGAUGACGUGCGAGACAAUAUCCUAAAGUACGAUGAGGAGGGUGGUGGUGAGGAAGACCAGGAUUAUGACCUGAGCCAGCUCCAGCAGCCCGACACGGUAGAGCCGGAUGCCAUCAAGCCCGUGGGAAUCAGGCGCCUGGACGAGAGGCCCAUCCACCCUGAGCCGCAGUACCCACUGAGAUCGGCCGCACCACACCCUGGUGACAUCGGUGACUUCAUUAAUGAGGGACUCAAGGCUGCCGACAACGACCCGACAGCUCCACCCUAUGACUCCCUGCUGGUGUUUGACUACGAGGGCAGUGGGUCCACAGCAGGUUCCCUUAGCUCGCUCAACUCCUCUAGCAGUGGGGGUGACCAGGACUACGAUUACCUCAAUGACUGGGGGCCGAGGUUCAGGAAGCUUGCCGACAUGUACGGCGGAUGUGAUGACUAGUCGGCGAGGGGAGUGGAAAGGCAGGGAAAAAAAGAAGUGGCACUUUUCAUGGGACAAGGACAGCUUCUAAAGAAAACAACAUUUCCCGAAGAGAAAAGGAAUAACUGACGACACCGAGGGCAACUACAAAAAUGACAACAACAAUCUUUGGCUUAAUGAUGUAGUCUACUAGCAAAUAUGUUUGUCAGGAGCUUUGGCAUAGGCUGCAAUGUGAUUUCAGCUAAGGAGGAAGAUCGGUAAAGCAGUACGUGUGGAUCGUUGACAUGAAGAUCGCUCAGUUACACUUGAAUUUCACAGUACAGAAGCACUGGGAUUUUAUGUGCCUUUUUGUACAUUUUUGGAUCCGAUAAUUAGUUUUAUGUUCAAGGCUUUAAUGGUACUGAGUUUUGGAGUGAUUUCAAAUUUAAGAAAGUAUGUUAUACUACAGUAUGCUUCAACAUGCUUUUUGGUUACACCAUACUGCUGUUUGUUGAAUAAAAGUAAGUAAAUUAAGGAAAUGAAGGUACCUUUUUGUUAGUGUGGAUGGACAGAAAGAACUAAGAACAGCAAUGUACAGUGCGCUAGUCUUUUAGAUAGAUUUUUUCACUAAAAAAUUAAACUUAUGCAGCUGGUUGCAAAUAAAGGGAGUCAUAAAUCAUUUUGUAGCGGAAUAAGUUUUGUUUCUCUGAAGUGGAAUAGUAA